AUGCGGGUGGUCUGUUCGCCGCAGUCCUCGAACGAGAGAAGAAAAGAGUGCGAGCGGUUUUUAGACCAGACGUUCCGGGAGAAGUUCGAGGAGAAUUACGAGUUAGUGUUGGAUAUUUUGAAAGGCGUUGGGAAGAACGGUGUUAAUGGUGGUGGGAGUUCUUCGGAGGAGGAAGAAUCAAUCGAAGUCUCGGUGUUUGUCAGCAAAUGUGUUUUGCAGUACCUGAGACGAGCAAAGAUGGAGACAGAUAAAAGUAGUCACAGUACGAACGACAACAACAAUCUGUUACUACGGAUUUUGUUUCAAUCGAUCGUCUCGAACGAUCUGUUGAGUUUACGAGGGAAGGAAAUCAACAGCGUCUGCGAAUUUGCUGCGCUCGGAGCGGCGGUGGCGUCCAUGAAAAUGGUGCGAAGCGAAGAGGACGUGGAGACGUUGGUGGAAUCGUCGGCGAUGCACUUUCGACAAAACUCGGCGCACGCGUUUGUGCAUUAUUUGAAAGCGUUCGGGGAGAGCGUGCACGAUAAAAACGUAGGUGCGAUUCGUCCGGAAAGACGGAAGUUAAUCGCCGAGGCGGCGUCGAGAGCGUGCGUCUUCGUGUGUCGCGCUUUGGAGGAGAUGUACCAAUCUAUUUCUAUCGCGACGAACGCGGAGGGAAGAGAAGAAGAUGUGACUUUAGUAGCUUUAAUGUUUGAUUGCUUAGCGAUUUGGUUGAACGAGGUCAAUUCGAGCGCCUCGAUCGAGUUGUUCUUUCCAAAGCGAAGUAUAAUUUUAGAGCGCGCCGUGCAAAUCGCGUGUGCUUCGGGGGAAUCCAAAGUACAAUCAAGCGCCAUGUCGUUCGCUUCGACUUUGCUCGAGGCUAUCGUGCAACAAGAAGGCGCGAAUAGAGAAGCGCUCGCACAGUGUUUGAGUUUCGUGUCGCAAGUAGCGACGUCGCAAGAGGCGUGCAAAUCCGCGCAAAAUCGCGCGCUAGAGAUUAUUUUGGCGACAGUUAACGGAGCGCUGAAAAGAGACGACACUGAAAUCGUGUCGUUUUGUCUAGACGCGUGCGCGAAUGUGCUCCUCGCGAGUCCCGAGUCGCCGGCAUCGUGUUUUGACGCGUGGGUGAAAAUUUCCUCUUCCUCCGCAUCGGCGUUUGAUCUCGAUAAAGAAACGACGCAGAAAUACGUACCAAACGUGGUUGUAGUUGUAAAUGCCUUGGCAACGUUCCUUUUGGAAAACUAUAGACGGAAUCCUUCAGAAAUGGAAGCCAUUCGAGACGAGAUUGGCGACUCGUGUCGCGAGAUUAUCAAUGCAGUCGGGACGAAUCCAAUUUUACCGAUUCUCGUUCAAGGAUUACAAACAGAAAGAGGGUUGGGGUACGUGUUCGUGUUUCAAAUUUUAUCCUACAGAAUGAAGAAUACGUUUGGUGGUGGUGACGAAGGAGAUACUACCGGCGAAAGUAACGACGGAAGUAGCAAUCUUUUCAACAUCGCGAUACAAGCGGUGGUGGACGCUCUAGUGCACUUCAGCGACGCUCGCGAAGCGGUGUGUUGGUCAUUCGUCGGAUUGGCGAAGGAUAUCGCCAUCUCUAGAAAGCUUACGAAGUACUGUUUGCGAGCGCUGAGUGAAGUUUUGUGUUCAACGAACGAUCCCGUGCACUCUCGCGGCGCGGCGACGGCGAUUAUGCGAUUAUGCGAUUGCUCGAAGGAAUCGCUCUUUUUGGACCCGGAGAUUUCAAACUAUCUCGGUCAGAUGCUUGAACGCGCGUACGUGGAAAAUUUAGUAACACCGACUGCCCUUCACGAUUUGCGAGACGGUCAAGAGCCAACAGUUACUGUAGUUCUACGUGCAGCGGUACGCGCGAAUUGUACGUCCGCGGAGUCGCUGGGUCGUUUGUUCCGGAAAACAUCAGAAAACGCCUUGAGCGCUAUUCAUCAUCAUCACGGUAUUCAAGUCGGGCACGCCUUAGUGGACGUUUCCAUUGCGCUUCAAUCGCAGAAAGCAACGCACGAUGUCGACACAAAAAAGAUGGCGUUAGAAAUAUUAUCUCACGCUUUAUCUCCGGCGCAAAGUUCCGUCGUGCCUUUGAAAGAGCUUCGCUUGUUGCUUCAUGUCUUCGCGACGAACGACAACGAGGCUGUCUUUCUGGCGCCGGUCCUUUUUAUGAUUAUGCGAACGUAUCUUUCCAUUUACAGCAACGGAUCGAGUUACCUCGGAAACGAACUCAUAGAUACGGUACGAUUGACGUAUGUGAAGAAUAUCACGCAUUCAUCUUUAUCGAAUGCCGCGUUGCACGAAUCGAUUGCGAUGAACUCAGAACUGUUCCAACGAAUGGGAAUUUCUUACGAGGAUAUCGUGGGCGUUUUUUCCGGAACGACGUUGAAUGAUGUCGUCGCGAAAGUACUAGAUAUGAAUCUCAGAGAUACCAACGCGAAUUUCGCGGACGACCCGGAUCGAUUUCCAUCGGUGUAUGGGUUGGCGCAAGCUCUCGUCCGAUCGGAUUGCGGGUACGUUCUCAGUAACGAACGCCUGGAGCUUCUUCUCCGAGCAGUUUCGAUGAGUUUACGCACGGGGUGUUCAGAUGAAAACGCGAUUUCCGUCCUCGCCUUAGCUGGAGAUAUCGCGUGCCGUUCAAUUGACAGCUUUGAUCCAAAAAAAGCGUCCGCAUCGUUUGGUGGAAAUAAAGUCGUCGGCGUCGUCCAUGGAAGUCUCGUAAAUAACAACGUGAGCAACGUGAAAUUGGUUCUCCCGAAUUGGACAUUUAACAAUCCAAAAAGCAUUCACUUGCCUCAAAUGACUCUCCCACUUCUUCUCCGUGGUUUGUUGGAAGCAGCUAACGAAUACUUUCCCGCGCAACUCCUCACCGACAUCGCCGCGACCUGUUUUGCAAUCCUCAAAUCCGUUGGUCCCGCUAUCUUUCGAGAAGCGCUUUGCGUCGCGCUCGGCGACGAAAACGAUGGCUUUCCUCGUCCGUCCGCGACGCAAAAAUUCAAAUCUGGCUUCAUCGACGACAUCACCAGCGAAGCGACGAUGCAACACGUGAGGAACUUUAAGAGAAGUUUAAAGAAAUUCGUCGGAGGUAAGAGAUCCGCCGCUGGUUCUUAG